UUCCCCUCCCUGCGGGCAGCUGCAUCUGGGACGUCUCUUCUGGGCUGGCUGACCAGACGAGGAAGCAGCCAUGUCUGCCGUGGGGGCCGCAGCUCCAUACCUGCAUUAUCCUGGCGACAGUCACAGUGGCCGGGUGAGUUUCCUGGGCGCCCAGCUACCACCAGAGGUGGCAGCGAUGGCUCGGCUCCUGGGGGACGUGGACAGGAGCACGUUCAGGAAGUUGCUGAAGCUCGUGGUCAGCAGCCUGCAGGGGGAGGACUGCCGAGAGGCUGCGCGGCGCCUCGGGGCCAGCGCCGGCCUGCCUGAGGAGCGGCUGGGUGCCCUGCUGGCGGGCACGCACGCACUGCUCCAGCAGGCCCUCCGGCUACCCCCCGCCAGCCUGAAGCCCGACGCCUUCAAGGAUCAGCUCCAGGAGCUCUGCAUCCCCCAAGACCUGGUCGGGGACUUGGCCAGUGUGGUGUUUGGGAGCCAGCGGCCCCUCCUGGACUCCGUGGCCCAGCAGCAGGGGGCCUGGCUGCCCCACGUUGCUGACUUCCGGUGGCGGGUGGACGUGGCGAUCUCCACCAGUGCCCUAGCCCGCUCCCUGCAGCCGAGCGUGCUGGUGCAGCUGAAGCUUUCAGAUGGGUCAGCACACCGAUUCGAGGUCCCCACGGCCAAGUUCCAGGAGCUGCGGUACAGCGUGGCUCUAGUCCUGAAGGAGAUGGCGGAUCUGGAGAAGAGGUGUGAGCGCAAACUGCAGGACUAAACCUUCGCUUCGCCAGUCCCAGCCAGGUCAGCUGGGGAUGGAGGCUCAGACCGGCCUGCGGACAGCACCAGCAGGCAGCCGGCUCUUCCCAGAACCCUGCCCUUCCCAUGAGGCAGACUCUUCAGUGAGAGUGUUUGAGUAAUUAUGUAAUUUUAUGGUUAAUUGAAAAGAACAGCUGUGCCUUUUAAAAAAAUUUGGAAGUAAAGCAACUGUAAAAAACA